AUGAAGAUAAAUGGCUCCCCAGCCCUUGACGGAGCUUCCGUUUCAUUUCCUACGGUUGUCAUCUGCAAGCUGCUCGACCUCUCAGACGAUGCCAUCGAAGAUGCGCUCGAGAUAGCACGUACCCAAAAUACACUGGCAGCGCACAAUGGACUCCUCGGUGCUCUGAUAGCAGAGGGAGGAGAUGAUCUCCGGGCCUUAAUUGACAAGACCGAGUGUUUCCACACGCCCGAGCUAGGCGAGAAAUAUGAACAUCGCGUAGCCAUUGCUUUCGAGAACGGCAUCGAGGUCAUCCAGUCUCUUGCUUCGCCUCGAAAUGUUUUCCCUGGACCAUCGAGUGAGGAAAUCUUGGAGAAGUUCUGGAGGUUCACGAAGGGCGUUGUGGACGACCGGCGAUGA